GCGCCCUCCUCCUCCUUCCACCUCCUGGCCGGCGCCCAACCACCGCGCCCUCUCACUCCUCCUGCCGCCAACCUCUCCCUAGGCGGCGGCCAGAUCUGCCACGGCCAGGGCCAACCACCGCGCCCUCUCCCUCCUCCUGCUACGGCCUCUCCCUAGGCGACGGCCUGUUUUGCCACGACCACGACCACGGCAGGGGCUUCUGGAUCCGCGCCGCCGUCGAGCUGGACGCGACCAUCGACCUCGGACCACACCGCCACAGCCAUGGAUGCACCAUAUCAAGCACUAGGCAUCAGACUUAUGGAGGAGUAGGGUCAACAAAUAAGAUGCUAGACCCCUUUGCACUGGUUAAGGAUGAAGUGUCGGAAAUCUCGAACAGACUGCGUUUGACGGUGGUAUCUGAGGUACCUGAAUUGACAUCAGCAGCUGGACACUUCUUCAGAGCUGGAGCUGAAGGGAAAAGAACAUGCCCUACUGUUCUACUACUGAUGGCCUCGGCUAUAAGAACAGACACUCUUGACUCGGUUGUUGUUUCAAGGAGCGAGCUUCAUGCAAGACAGAUGCACAUUGCUGAGAUAACUGAAAUAAUUCAUUUUGAGACCACCAAGUACUCCUGCACUGUCAUUGAUGCUCCUGGACACCGUGAUUUCAUCAAGAACAUGAUCACUGGGACCUCCCGGGCUGAUUUUGCGGUGCUUAUCAUUGAAUCCACCACUGGUGGUUUUGAGGCUGGUAUCUCCAAUGAUGUCCAGACCCGUGAGCAUGCUCUCCUUGCUUUCACUCUUGGCGUCAGGCAGAUGAUCUGCUGCUGCAACAAGAUAGAUGCUACUACCCCAAAGUACUCCAGGGCUCGCUACUUUGAAAUUGUCAAUGAAGUUAGCUACUACUUGAAGAAGGUGGGCUACAAUCCUGCCUGUUCACCAGCUGCCUGUUAAUGGAUGGACCCCCCUGCUUGUUCCAUUCACCAGCUGAAUCCUGCUCCUGCUGCUAGCUCCCAGCCUUAUUCCAUUGGUUGAUUUUAUGUAUGAUAGUGUUGAUAAGACACUAAGUUGUAUGCAGAUCUACAAAAGUAUAUAAUACUUUUGAUUGUGGUGUAGUUUUUUGUUAUUUGAAAGCAACUGACGACUCUAUCAAUCAGUGCACGAAGAAAUCUAUUUCUAAGUAUCCUAAGGUGAUAAGAAUUGUGAUUGACUCAGUAGGAGGAGCAUGAGCAGUGGUGGAAGCAGGACCAUGCGGGCUUGGACCAGGUCGCGGCACCAGAUGUGGAAGAUUAAGGCCUUUGCCAGGAAAUGCAAACUGCGGCAGACGAGCACACUCCUCCAGAGAGACAGGGUAUAUUCUAAAAUUUGUGUAUGGAUUUUGGGUGGUGAUUACUCAAGAAGGAUACCACAUUUAUUUGUUGUCUAAACAAUUUGACAGCGAACACACUAGGAGAGAAUUUGCAUACACUGCACCUAAAGAUUUAUUUGGAAACUGUCAUCAUGCCCAGGCAGAAGAAAGGAUACAUCAGUCGACUAAAUCAUUUUGCAAUAUAUCUAUGUCCCACGUGUAGUAGCCAUCACCAAUUCUAUUUCUGAUCCACAACUUUCAAAUCUAUAGAAGUAGGGGUCUGACUGAGUCAAAGAUAAUGGUACAUCGAGCUGGCUAUCUAAGUUACUAUCUUAUCUAAGAUGUAAUUGAUGCUUUCUUUUGCCCAAUAGUAUGUAUUUCGAUGGAUUAACUUUUGUGUUAGUCAUGUUUCCAUGGAUUAACUAUUUGUGUU